UUGGAAAUGUCGAUAAAAAAUACCCCUGGGCUUUAUGAGUUUUUACAAGAUGCCGAACUAAUUCAAUACUAUACUGAACUCAAUAAUGUUUUACAGGUACAUAAUGUUGGCCAGCUUAAAUAUGUUACUGACGACGACCUUGCCAACAUCGGGAUGUCUAAACCUGAAACACGGAGACUUAAAACAUAUUUUAAUAAAUACUGUCCUGGAAACUAUGCAAGCAAAAUCAGGAAGUUGUUGGGUCGACGUGAGGAGGUGAAGGAUGAGUUCCUGCUGGGGGAGGAGAAUAUGUCCCUCAAGGGAUCCAUCAAGGUCCCUUCCCAGCACAUCAUCCAGGCGGACUCCAUCAACGUGUACAAGGAGCUCGGGCAGGGGGAGUUUGGAGUUGUUCAGCAGGGAGUCUGGACAGAUGAAGAUGGAAUGAGACAUCAGGUUGCUGUCAAAUGUCUGAGUAAAAAGCGUAUGCAGAACAACACAGUAGAGUUUAUGAAGGAAUACGAAAUCAUGCAAACCAUUGAUCACAACAACAUUGUACGACUCUACGGAGUAGUUCUGGACUCCGCUCAGAUCAUGCUAAUCACAGAGCUGGCCCCGCUCCGCUCCUUGCUCGAGUGUUUAAAGGAGCCGAGUCUACGCAGCACAUUCACUGUCUCCUGCCUUGCCGAGCUGAGCCAGCAAAUCUGUCAAGGCAUGCUUUAUCUCGAGGCUAAUAGACUUAUCCAUCGCGACCUCGCAGCGCGAAACAUUCUCGUGUUUUCCAAAAAUUUGGUGAAAAUCUCGGAUUUCGGAUUAUCCCGCGCCCUUGGGGUUGGAAAGGAUUACUAUCAGACAAACUUCAACGUGAACCUAAAGUUACCGAUCGCGUGGUGUGCGCCGGAGUGCAUCAACUUUCUCAAGUUCACCAGUGCCAGCGACGUCUGGGCGUUCGGGGUAACGAUGUGGGAAAUGUUCAGCUACGGCUUCCAACCCUGGGCAGCGCUGACAGGUCACCAAAUCCUCGAGACUAUUGACGAACCCGGCGGAGGACAGAGGUUAGAACAACCGGUUCACUGUCCUCGUGAUCACUACAACAUCAUGCAGUCUACAUGGAGACAUAAACCUGAUGACCGGCCAACCUUUGCCCAGCUGGUCGGAAUGCUUGAGGAUGCUAGACCUGAGCAGGUUCAGGUUAUAGUACCUGGAGGAGGGUCUGGUCUACUGCUAUACAAUGUCGGAGACGUGCUCACGGUCCUAGAUAAACACGGGAAGCAGAAUCAUGGUGCUGGAAACCUGUGGAGCGGAGUUAAUUGUCAAGGGAAGGUUGGUUGGUUCAUCCCUUCUCAUACAAUCACGUAUCUAGGUACCCUUCCGAGUACUGGAGUAGUUCCACAGUGGAGCAGUGCUCCUAACGAACAGCCCGGGAUAUUUCAGAGAGCAGGAACACGGAGUAGUAAGGAUAGAGGAAGCAGGAGGAAGAUUAGCAGAGAUAUGAUUAGUGCUCCGACAGGAACUGUUCAGCAUACGGGACACAUAGGUCCUGACGGAUGCUUCUUCGGAGAUGUCAACUUUAUGCCGGGAACAAAUGGCAACCUAACCAUCGGAGGUCGUCUUCCAUCAACUGGCAGUGAUAAUGGGUUCCCUAGCUGGAGUAAAGGAGACAGUGACGUAUCCGAUUCCGCUCCUCUUCUCUCCGCAACCAGUGCAAAGCCAAUCAUGGAGAAACCUGUCCAGCCCAGGAUGGGACACGCUAUCGGAUACCUUCGGAAACCAGAGAAAGAGGAUCCUACUCACCAGUACCAGUCAAUCAGCGACGAGGAGAAUGAAGCUUUCGGUGCUCCUCUUGAUCUUGGGCCUAGUCUUCUCGACGAGGUGUUCAGUGAGCUCGAGAAUUACGACACCUUGAAGAUGAACAAAGAUGAGACCAAACCUGCGGAAGAGGAGCAUCACGGCCUCCAUGGAAUAGUUGAAUCUUGUCAUAAACUCGCGGAUAAAGUCACCACUCUAACUCUAUCCCGGCGGCACAAGGGGAAAAAGGCCGCCUUCGUGCGACCGAUUAAGGCGAGCGAUGAGAAAACCCUGGAAAACGCAAUACUCAUGGCAAACCAGAUUGCCAGCAAAUCAAUGCACGAUCUCGACAAACGAUGCACCGACGAUAUGUUUAACGCCUCUCCUCAGGUUUCACCGAUAACUCCGAAUUCUCCUUCUAAAAAGUUUACGUUUAAGUUCCCAGUUCACAAUAAGCAUAAAUCCUCCUCUCCUACCAGACAUUUUACCGACGAGGUAAACUCUAGAAUAGAUUUACAUUCUCAAAUCACUCCGACAGCCAGGGAUGCGUACAAAGCUCUGAUUGAAGGAGAUAAACAGCAGGACGUGAGUAGUACUCCGAGUCCCUCUCAGAGUUUUCAUCGUCUGUCUCUACCCCCCUCCGCGUCUGUAUUUACUCUACCGAAAGGUUCUCAAAUCGAUCCUUCUCCCUGCGACGAGGUUACCAACCCUCUUCCUCUCCCUCCCAAGGAACGGAAAAGCUCUGUUACUACCGGGAAACGUCAUGUCAGAAAGAACCCUUUAAUUAUCCCUAGCGGCGCUGCGGCCAGUAUGUUGAGAAGAGUUGAAAUUGAUUCUGAACCUGAACCUCCUCCUCCUGUCAGAGCUAAACCCUCCAGAUCCAUUUCCCAACCCGCCAUGACAAAUUUUGAAACUUACAAUGAUGCUUUUGAGGAAGAAAUAGCGUACAACAUGGAUGCUCUGGAUAACAUGCAAGAAUCUCAAAGCAACAGCAGUCCUGUAGUAUCAUUAGAUAGUCAGUCCCGGUUAGGAGAGACUAAUUAUGGUACUGGACGAGGUAGUCGGCUUGAGAAUGCCUACUUCGAUCAGUCUCCUGAGUCCAGGUUUAGAAACAGGAGAGGGAUUGAAAGUGAUGAGGUUCGAAUAAUGAGCAAGGUGCUAGGUGGGGUUUCCUGUGAUAAACAGGAUUGUGUGGCAGCUCUACAGAUAACAGAUUGGAAUAUUCACAAGGCAAUAAAGAUUGUCAAGCUGAAAGGACUUCAAAUACAACCAGGGGUGUCAUUGACUCAACUUAAGAUUUCCUUGAUGAAUUCUGAUUGGGAUGUGACAGCAGCAGCUAAUCUACUCAAAUAAACGGGAAGCAGCUGAGAGUGACCAAGUCUAACAAGGAGCUGCUUACUGUCACGUAUAGAGCUUCUUUUCUGAAGAAAAAUAUUUAAAAUCUAUCUUACUAACAUACGAAAACGGCAUCUUUUACAGAAAUUCUGCUAAAGUAGAACGAAGUUGGCUUUCUCAAGUAACAUCAUAUAAGCCAUGAAGAAUACACUAUGAACCCCAUUAUCUUUGUUUACAAAAUAAUUGUACUGCAGUUAUUUAUACUCCACCCAGAAAUUACAGAAAACAUUUAAAGUAAAUUGUAAGCAUCCCUAAUAAAAGGGACUCUUUCCCUUCAAAUAUAGCAUUUGAAAGCUAAUUUACUAGAAGGAAGCAACUAACCAGAUAUUUGGCAGCUUUUUAUUACAUUAAUUGAAAAAGACAGUUUUCUCUCGAAGUAAAAGUUACCCUAAUUCAGGGGCGUACACAGGAAUUUUUCCAGGGAGGGUGGGCUUUAAUUUUUCCUCAAGGUUCGGUAACCCGUUGGGGUCUUAAACCACAGAUUUUACUGAUCAAGGGGGGCCCCUCCUCUGUGUACACCUCUGCCCUUAUUGACCCACUAAAGUUAAGGGAUCAAGCUACGAACCUAUUUCAAGAGAAAAUAAAACUAUUUUCUUUCUGUCAAGUCAACUUUUAACUUCACAUAUUUAUUAGAUACUGAAACUUGAACCUUGUGGAGCUAUUGUGACAAAAAGUUCUCUAUUAAGGGAUUGUAGCGUAAUUUCAAGUCACCACUGACCCUCCAUGCAAACAAGGCAAUGUCCGAUUCUUAAUGGUAUACUUAAAUGUUAAGAAUGUUUAUAAUGUUGAAAACUGAUAAUUUUAAUUGUGGUUUCUCUACAAAAGGGACUUGCGCAUUCUACUGCAGGAAAACUUAUAGGAAUGAUCAGAAUUGAACACGUUUAAACCUAGAAAAACGACAAUGUAAUCCACAUUAUUGAUCAGAUAAAGGUUUCAAGAGUACCGUUGUGAAUCGUGCAUUGUCAUCUUUGCCAUGGAGGAUCACUUGGAACUACGUCUACAGUCCCUUUAAAUGUAGGUUUAACGAUUUCUAGAGUACUAUAUAUUUUGAGAAUUUUUUAAAAACAAUUUCUUACAUUGUUAAUGCAAAACUAGCAACUUCUUGUUUAAUUUUAAGUGACUCUAUUUAGUGACAGGCAUGUCAGAUUCACUAGGGUACCUUUUAAACCAUUAUCUGAUUUAAUGUAAAAGAUGACAUUUUUAUAGCUUUAAAAGUGUUCCUAUAGAAAUAGAAAGAAAUCUUUAUGUCACUUUAUAUGGAAACCCACAAAUGAAAAUAACCCCUAAAAUAAUGUCUACAGACUACAGUCCCUUUGAUACGAACAAUUCUUUUCAACGAAAUGUAAAAAAUUGUAUGAAAACCGAAAUCUUUUAUCUAUUUAUAUUUAUCUAGUGCCAAUCCGACGAAGGGGGUGGGGUAGUGUAUGCCGCAACAGUUUUUAAAUUAUACCACAAAUAUGCUUCGCGGUAAAAGCACCAAACAAAUUGUAAUCCAUAACCAAAACAAUUUGUAAACCCCGAAAAUGUUGUUAAAUGAAAGGGGCAACUAUUUCAUUAGAUUGUAAACUAUGAAACGCGAUUGCGCGAUGGAGAUUUAUAUGGUAAAAUUACAAUUUGUUGUGGCCGACCUUGCACCUUUGCCAUAAUUAUAACAAUGUGUUGAACCGGUGUGCUAAAAUUGUACAUAGCUUGUACAGUUGUUUACAUGAAAUGUACGUCUUCCAGGACCUCUGGACAAUCUUGAUUUGUUGUACAAAUAUUAUUAUUCAACACUGUGCCUUGCCUUGUGCCUUAGAAAAUGUAUAUUUUAUACUUUAUUAGAUUCUUCUCUCUGCAAAUAUUUUUUCUGAUACAACAUAAUUCUAUUAUAAAAUGCUUAAUACUGUAGAAAAAUGAUGAAUCUAUUGCAGGGGGGGGGGGGGUAUAAAAAAUUUAAAGAAUUGCAACGGAUGCGCAAAUUUUCUAUCCAUCAAUUUAGUCAGUUGAAUAACAACUUUAGUUUAGAAAAAUUCUUUAUUCACUGAAGACUAUGUGCACAUGAUACCCAUAACCCGAAAAAUACCAUUUGUUAACAUAGUUUUAUUCUCCUUGUUUAGGAAGUAAAGAUUGUUUCUUUUCAUAAAUUGACUUGAUUUUAUUAAUCUGUUAUAUUCAGGGUGUCCCACAUCAUAUUUGACCCUGGGAAGUUUUGAGACAAAACAAUAAUUUUUAAACAAAACUAAAAGUUAAUAACUAGAAAAGAAAUGUAGAGAAAAAACUAGGGAAAAAAUAAAUUUGAUAACGAAACUCUGUAUUUUGGUAAAAUCACAAAUAACUCUGAAAAGACAUUUUUCAAUUCCAACAUCCUAACCUGAAAUGUUUGUCUUGGUUUAUUUUGCAGUAUUGACAAUUUUGUUCCUACCAUUCUUUUAGAUAAUUCGGGUCAUGUGUUAUGUUUUUUAAUUCUCAAUCUUAAUUUAGGAAAACCCUAUUUUGUACUUUCAUAGCAUCCCAUAAUAAAAACCGAGUAAACGAAAAUGAAACAAUUACUGCACCUUUAUCUGUCUAAUCUGUAAAGUCAAGAAAUUUGGGAAAAUCUAAAAAAAUGUGUUUUCGAGACACUGUUUAAUCUCGAUGAUAUUUAGUUAAAUUAUAAUAUGUUAGUUAACCACUUUCUCGCUUCUCUCUGAAAAAUAUUUGGUGAGUAACAAAUCUUUAAAGUUUUUAAGAUGGGAGAGAAUGAAUCCUAAAAAAACCACCUAAUUGGUUCGCUCUUUUACUUCCCGACUAUUAAUCAAAAAUUCUAAAUUCGGGAUAAAUUCUUCAUACAAUCCCAUUAUUUCUUGUUCCCAAUAAUCCCUUUUAUUUUUGUUUAUAAAAGUGUCCAUAUUUCGGGUUCCCAACAUGUUCUUUAUUCCUUGCGGCCAAGAAUUUUUAUUUCUUGUUCCCAACAAUCCCUUUAUUUCUUGCUCCCAACAAUAUCUUUAUUUCUUGUUCCUAACAAUCCCUUUAUUUCUUAAUCCCAACAAUCCCUUUAUUUCUUGGACCCAACAAUCCCGUUAUUUAUUGUUCCCAACAAUAGCUUUUUUCUUGUUUCCAAGAAUUCCAAAAUUUCUUAUUCCCAAUAAUCCAAUUAUUUCUUGUUCCCAACAAUCCCUUUAUUUCUUGUUUCCAAGAAAUCCAGAAUUUCUUUUUCCCAAUAAUCCCAUUAUUUCUUGUUCCCAAUAAUCCCAUUAUUUCUUGUUCCAAACAAUCGCAAUACUUCUUAUUCCCCAGAAAUUUCUUUAUUUCUUGUUCCCAACAAUCCCAAUAUUUCUUGUUCCCAACAAUCUCUUUAUUUCUUGUUCCCAAGAAUCUCGAUGUGAUGAUAUAUAUUUGCAAUCAAAACUGUGUGCUACAUGUCAAUACAAAAUUUUCACUAAAUAUAUUAUUGACUUAA